AUGAAAUAUGUCCUGGUCUCUGGGGGCGUCAUCAGUGGUGUAGGAAAGGGCAUUAUUGCAUCCAGUACCGGCCUCCUUCUGAAAACCAGAGGAUUGAAGGUGACGAUGAUAAAAACUGAUCCAUAUAUGAAUAUCGAUGCGGGAACCAUGGCUCCGACAGAACAUGGAGAAUGCUUCGUGUUGGAUGAUGGAAGCGAAACGGACCUUGAUCUCGGGAAUUAUGAGCGGUAUCUGAACAUCACACUCGGUCGUGACCACAAUAUCACGACAGGAAAGAUAUACCAGCAUGUGAUCGAUAGGGAGAGAAAAGGCGACUACUUGGGCAAGACAGUUCAGAUUGUUCCGCAUCUUACUGAUGCACUCCAGGAAUGGUUUAUGAGGGUGGCAAAGCCUCCUGUCGAUGAAACCAAAGAACAACCAGAGGUUUGUGUUAUUGAACUAGGUGGUACGGUUGGUGCUAUCGAAAAUGCUCCAUUUGUUGAGGCCCUGCGACAACUUCGAAGAAAAGCUGGAACCGGUAACUUCUUGCAUAUUCAUGUUUCGAUGAUUCCUGUCAUCAAUGAGGAACAAAAGACCAAGCCUACGCAGCAAACAAUCAAGGAUGUUCGGAGUGCGGGUCUUAAUCCUGAUCUGAUUGCCUGCCGCUGUAAAGAUAGGCUCAUGACUUCUACCAUCGAGAAAGUUGCGAUGUUUUGUCAAGUCGACACGCCGCAAGUCAUCGCGGUCCAUGACGUCCCAUCGACUUAUCAUGUACCCAUGGUUCUGGAGAAGCAAGGACUUAUCACAUCUCUCACGAAGAUCCUUAGUCUCGAUGACCUGAAAGUUCCUUCGAAACUCAAACUCAGAGGAGCUACAACUUGGGAGAUGUGGAAAAGCAGGAAGUACACCAGUUUCGCCGACUCUUAUAUCUCCGUUAUCAAGUCUUUGGAACAUUCUGCCAUGUUUUGCAGAAGAAAUUUGGAUUUGGUUAUGGUAGACUCGUCACAUCUCGAGGAAGACGGCGGCCAAGACUCAUCUAUUGAAAGCCAAAAAGCAUGGGAUACUCUCCGAAAAGCAGAUGGUAUUCUCGUGCCAGGAGGGUUUGGUACCAGAGGGACAGAAGGAAUGAUUGCAGCUACGAAUUGGGCUCGAAUUAAUAGAGUCCCAUUCCUCGGUGUAUGUCUUGGUAUGCAGAUAGCUGUCAUCGAGUAUGCCCGGACUGUUUGUAAACUUUCAGGAGCCAGCUCCAGAGAGUUCGAUGCCCAAGCUGUCGAUCCAGUCAUUAUUUUCAUGCCUGAAAUCGACAGCAGGUCCAUGGGAGCCACCAUGCGUCUUGGGAUGCGACCAACACAUUUCCAGCCAGGUACAGAGUGGAGUAAGAUGCGUAGACUGUACCGAAACUCUCUUACUGCGGCAUCCAAAGACAGCAAUGAUGGUCUUAUGAUUCAUGAACGUCAUCGCCAUCGCUACGAAGUCAAUCCCGUGUAUGUGCCAAAGCUUGCUUCACGUGGACUCACUUUUGUCGGAAAAGACGACCAAGAAGAAAGGAUGGAAAUUUUAGAGUUGAAAGACCAUCCCUGGUUCGUGGGCGUCCAGUUCCAUCCUGAAUACUUGAGUAAGGUCUUGGAACCAAGCAGACCAUAUCUCGGAUUCUUUGCUGCGAGCGCUGGUUGUCUGAAGGAGGUGAUGGAGAAGCUGGAGACUGGGAAGAGAGGUGCGGAGAAAUUAAGCGAGACUUUGACGGAGGUAGACAUCUAG